GGUGAAGUAAAUCAAGGUUACGUUUCUCAAAAGAUUAUUAAAUACUUAAUACGAGUAAUCAACGAUAAUCACGAAAGGAUGAGUACCAAUCCUAUCAUAUUGGAGGAAACCUUUGCAGUGACAGGGCUUAACACUGAAGGAACUGUGUAUCUCCGUGUUUCUCGUAUUCAGUGCUCAAAUGAAAGCGGUACACUCAAUAUAGUUUCAGACAUAAACACCGAGGAAUUUCCUAUAUCGCUUAAUGAGCGUCUUAGCAUUGUUCUAGCCAACUCAUUGGAGCUUUCCGGAGUGACCGCAAAAAAGAAUUAUGACCACAGUAUUUAUCAUCGGGAAACUCGGUUAAAUGACUGCGACUAUGCCAUGCAUGGCCGCGUGUAUUCCUUGGAUAUUGACAAAGACACCUUGGAUGUAAAGGUGCAUAUUAGCUGCGGUGGGCUACUAACGCGUAUUAUUGGAAAGCUUCAGAGUUUGCGUGAUAUUCAUUACAAUAGUGAUAUAUACAUCUUGGUGAAGCGUGUUGGUCGAUAAAUUAAUUUUAACUAAAUAAACUCUGCGAAUAAGCGUAAUGCCGUGUAAAUCGCCUUUUCCGAACAGUUUGUGAACGUUACAUUUCAUAUGAUGCACUUUAUUGGUAGUGUUCUUUAUUGUUUUUGUACUUAAAACUUUUUCCAACAUGGGACACAAUUUUCAAUCAUUUGACACUGUACGGAAAUUUGUAUAGGUCUUUUUUCCUUUACAAAAAUAUAGUUUCAUUGAAGCACUU